UUAAAACGGUUGCUAAAAUUUGAGACUAGCAUAACAUUUUAUUCAUUCAUGUUUUCUCAUUUUUAUGAGUUUCACAAGCAAGAUCAUUUUUAUUGUUACAGGGUUUAUGCUUUUUCAUAGUCUGACAUAGAUGGUUUGAGAAUCGAGUAUAAAUGAACGAAGAAUGGCGACAAAGUAUCUGAAGCAGACUAAAUAUUCAGAGGAAGUAUUGGAAGCGUAUACUUCUAUACUCAGUCUGUAAAGAAAACUGUGUAUAAACAUUAUGAAUAACAUCGUUGCAGAAAAUACCAACCUGUGUUAGAUUAGUUUGGGAUUCAAGUUUCUCUGCCUAAAUGAAUGAUAAAAUUAAUAAUUAAGUAGCGAUAAACUGCUAAAUAAAUAUUACAGUUUAAUUUUAGCAACCAUCUUGCUGACUUAAAAAUGUUUCGGCUGAUCUUUGGAAUAUGGUAACAGUACAUACUAUUUGAAAGUGAUACUCAUGACGGUGAAAUUAGAUUCGCAUUUCUAUGUCGAGGUAAAGUUUUUUGUAAAGCUUUAGAAUCAAAGAUAGCCUACUUCCAUUACAUUAUGUAGAAUAAUGCAAAUAAUAUAAAUAAUAGCAAAAUGAUUAUUUUAUUUUCUAAACAUAUGCACUCUAUACUAUGUGAAUAGCCUUACCACGAGAACAAACAAAUGUGUACGAUUCAGUCAUUUAUUUAUGUAGCAGAGUUUUUCUUCGUAUUUUUAUUUUAAAUAUGUUCAAAAUAUCAGACUUAAGAGACAGGCCAAAACAUAUAUGUAACUUGAAGAACAACAGGAAGGAACUUUGAAAAUAUUCUUUAUCUACUGUAUGCGUUCUCUAGUACAUGGCAUUUACUAGAGAUCUCUAUUAGAUCCUUCAAAGCUGUAGCAUGUUUAGCAUCCUAGGUGAUCAGUAAAAUUGGUGCUGCAUAUAAAUUGAAUAUAUUAAGGAUUGAAAAUAAACUAUAUUUUAUUCUGUUUGUGAUUACGACUUAGCAUAGGGAGCUAACUGCCUUUUCCCCAUAUACAUAAAACUGGCCCUGGAUGAGUAUAAAAGAUUUACAGAGUGCAAACCAGACCAACAGAUCUGAAAUAUGAUUUCAUUUAGCUUUCAAAAAUUUGGCUACAUUAUGGAAACUGGAAGCAUUAAACAGAUUGAUCGCACUAGUGUCCAUAAAAUAUGCUCUGGUCAGGUUGUUCUAACUCUUGCAACAGCUGUCAAAGAGCUAGUUGAAAAUAGCAUUGAUGCUGGAGCUACAACAAUAGAUGUGAAAUUAAAAGAAUAUGGAAGUGAAUUUAUUGAAGUUAUUGAUAAUGGCAAAGGUGUUAAAAAAUCAGACUUUCAGAAUUUAACAUUGAAACAUCAUACCUCUAAAAUUGAAGAUUUUUCUGAUUUACCAUUUGUAUCUACGUUUGGAUUUCGUGGGGAAGCUUUGAGUUCACUUUGUGCUCUUAGUGAUUUAGAAAUUACAACAUGUCACUGUGAUGCUUCGAUAGGUUCUGUUUUAACCUUUGAUCAUGAUGGAAAUCUAAUAAAAUCUUCACCUACUGCUCGUCAGGCAGGUACUACUGUCACAUUAAAGAAUUUGUUCUAUACUCUACCAGUUCGGCAUAAAGAAUUUUUAAGAAAUAUUCGCCGAGAAUAUUUUAAAAUGUUACAACUUUUGACAGCAUAUUGUCUUAUUAGUACAAAUAAGCGCAUUUCAUGUACAAAUAUUACAGAUAAAGGGAAGAAAAAUGUAGUUUUAUCUACAAAUAACUCUCAAAAUUUCAAAGAUAAUAUCAUCUGCAUAUUUGGUGCUAAACAAAUGAGUAGCUUGAUGGAAGUUGUGCAACAUUUGCCUUCUAAAGAAAUUUUAGAAGAGUAUUUCCUUCCUGUUUCUGAUAUGGACAAAAGCAUAUUUAAGUUGGAAGGUUAUAUUUCUAACAGCACUCAUGGUGAAGGUAGAAGUACAACUGACAGGCAGUUCUUCUUUAUCAAUGGCAGGCCUUGUGAUUUACCAAAGGUAGCUAAGUUGAUAAAUGAAGUGUAUCAUUCAUUCAACAGACAUCAGUAUCCAUUUGUAUUUGUGAAUAUUAGUUUAAUAAAAGGAUGUGCAGAUGUAAAUGUGACACCUGAUAAAAGACAAAUUUUUAUUCCUAAUGAAAAGCUUCUGCUUGCAGUAGUUAAGACUUCCCUUCUUCAGAUGUAUGGUAUUCAGCCAUCACAAAUGAAAGUUUCUUCACUAAAUUUUUCUUUUGAAAAGAAAACAGGAAUUUCAUCUUCAGAAUUGUCAUCUAAUGAAACGAAUUGUAAUAAAACGUC